UGAAGAGAGAGAAGCAGAAGAGACAGAGAGGCUGUCACAGCGAGGAGAGAGUCCACUACAACUUGUUCACAUGAAACCACCAGCGGAGGAAUAUCACAUCAUUUAAACACGGAUUUACAAAUGCUUUCGAUCGCGUGACCAGUAACCGGGAUGGAAACGCGCGAGCCGGCUGUGAGGAGUUGUUUGAUCCUGGUGGUCGCGUGAAACCAGCAAGCUCCGUAAAGAAACUCAUGGAAAAUGUCAGUGGAUGAGCUGGGCAGCUCUCCACGUCUCGUCAUGGAUAUCAACUGUAGGCCCUACCCACAUAACAAAACCUUCCGCCUGGCCGGCUCCUGCUCCACAACACCUCCCUGUGAGUGAGCCCUGACACCUAGGACUUGCAGGCUGCUGACACCAUGACACAGAUGGACUACAAGUACAGCCUGCUGGGCUCCUCCAUGGAUGACUACCGCAAGAGGCCACUAAUCCUGCAGGUAGAUGACACGCCCAUGAACCUGUUCGCGGUCCUGGAGGUAAAGCGGGAGCUGCCAAAGCGCUGGAAUACCUUGGGUUGCUUUCGUAAGAUCCGCCUAUAUAGCUUCUUGUUCGGCCUGGCUGUAAUGUUCCUCAUCAUGGCUUCAUACAUCUUGACAGGAGACAAAAAGGGCCUCCUACUCACACCUUCCCCUUACCACUUUAGUAGCCUGGUCAGCCCCGGACCUUUUGCCUUCAACCUUUCUUCAGUCAAGGACUACGCACAUAUUAAACUGGUUGUAAAAUCUAUUACAUCAAAGGUGGAGUUUCGUAGCAGGCGACAGCUUCCAGAGAUCAAGGCGCUGGUUAAUAGUGAGCCACAUAUGUUUUCGGUUAUCCCCCGCAAAUUCCUCCCUGGCGUCAAGAACCCAUGCUGGUACGAGGAAUACACUGGGAAUAUCACCUUAGACCCUUACAGGACAAACUUAUACGCACGCUACUCCAGGCGCUUCCGGACUGUGUUUCAGCACUUGAGGAACACUUUCCGGGAACACUUGUUCCACCAUGAUGGGAAACUCUACCGCAUGCGGUGCCUUCCUUAUUUCUAUAUCAUUGGCCAACCAAAGUGUGGCACCACGGACUUGUACGACAGACUGAGGCUGCAUCCUGACGUCAAGUUCACCACUUUCAAGGAGCCGCACUGGUGGACCCGUAAGAGGUUUGGUAUCAUCCGUCUGAGUGAAGGUUUUCAUGAUCGAUACCCUGUGGAGGACUACCUGGACUUGUUUGAUCAGGCUGCAAAUCAAAUCCAAGGAAACCUCACAGCAAAUGCCAGUGGAAGCCCGAGCCAGCCCAACAUUAUCAUAGGAGAAGCCAGCGCGUCCACCAUGUGGGAUAACAAUGCCUGGGUGUAUUUCUAUGACAACACCACAGAAGGAGAGCCUCCUUUUCUCAUCCAGGACUUUGUGCAUGCCCUGCAGCCUGACGCCCGCUUCAUCGUCAUGCUCAGGGACCCAGUGGAGAGGCUCUACUCUGACUACCUUUACUUCGGUAUUGCCAACAAGUCUGCAGAGGACUUCCACGAGAAGGUGUCAGAGUCUCUGCAGUUAUUCGAGGGGUGCCUUACGGAGUACACAAUGCGCUCCUGUGUGUACAACACUACUGUCAACAAUGCAAUGCCAGUCAGAUUGCAGGUCGGCCUCUACAUUGUGUAUCUGAUAGACUGGCUGACCGUCUUCAGCAGGGAACACAUUCUGGUCCUGAGGUUGGAGGACCAUGCCUCCAAUAGGAAAUACACGAUGCACAGAGUCUUUGAUUUUCUCAAUCUGGGGCCGCUGACAAAAGAAAUAGAGUCAGAGAUCACAAGAAGUCCAGCGUCAAACACCAGGAGGCCAGCGGACAAAAACCUAGGACCCAUGCUGCCCAUCACUAAAGAGAUCCUACGGGACUUUUACAUGCCGUUCAACGAGAAACUGGCCAAAGUGCUGCGCAAUGACUCCUUCCUCUGGGACUCUCAACUCUGAAAGGCCACAUCUCCCCUUAACUUCAGUAAAAAGAAACCACUGAUGUGUCAGCCAGCUCCUCACUUUGAGUUUCAUCUCUCUCAAGUGCCCAUGAAAAUCAAUGUUUUUUUUUAUUUAAAUUAUUUUCUAAGUUAUAAAAGCAGAGAUGAAUCAAAGACAGAAAAUAGCACAAGAGAGAGUGGAUUUGUGGUGUGACUGUGAAUGUGUGAGUAUAAGAGAGAGUGAGAUGUUGGAAAGUCUUGAUUGUUUUUUCUUUGUGACCAGAUGUACAAAAUUAAAUAGUGAAUUUAAA